GUCUGAGUCUAUUUUGCUGUGAAGAUCUAGCAUUUAUUCUCUCAUCUUGCUGAUCCUCGCAUCUAGUGUGCAAUACAGUAAUAUGAGGAUCUCACUGAUCACAGUUAUACUGCAAGGAUUGCUUUCCACUGCUUCAAAUGGGUGGAAGAAGUACGACGAAAGAGGAUGUGAGGGGGGAGUUACAAAGCUUUGGCUUGACGUGGUGGCCGUGAUUGACAACUCCUUGGGCAUGCCAGAGGAAGGACUCAUUCAUUCGAUAGGCAUUAUGGGCUCGAUAUUGGAUCAUGCGACUAUUGCGCAGGGCGAAGGCCAUCACUCUCGAGUUGGAUUGGUUACAUAUGGAAGCAAAGCAGACAUAAGAGCUAAACUGACUGACUUCAAAUCCACUGAAGAAUUUUUGGAGAGCAUUUGGGAGAUUAGACGAACAAAUGACUCGACAAGUCAUUUAGAAGCAGGCCUGACGGCAGCUGAACUGGUUUUUCAAGAAGGACGUACAAAUGGAUUGAGGAAGAAUGUCAAAGAGGUUAUCAUUGUCUUUGCCAGCAAUUCCAAGGACAGCCAUUUCAAUGAUUCUACGCACUUAGCAAAUCAGACCAAAAAUAGUGGGAAACACAUUAUAGUGGUCGAUUUUGAACAGGGUGGCUCUGGCGAACCGUACUUAAGACAGAUUGCCAGUGAAUAUUCCUAUUAUAAUCGUAGGCGGCAUGAUCUAACCGUUUGCAUUGAAAUGGAGCUGCUCGAAGCAAACUGCUUUUGUGAGAAACCAUGGAUACAGUACUACGGGAAGUAUACAAAAAUGGGAACAUGCCUAAGAAUAGGUGAAUCCAAACUGAACUGGAGAGACGCAAACAAUGCUUGUAUCCACCUGAGUGGCGGCAGGGGACACCUCGCUGUGACUCUUGAAAAAACAAAGCACAACUUCAUUGCAGAAAUGGUAAAAAAUCACUUAACGACGAUGAAACCAUGCGCGUACCACAUCGGGCUCUCAUAUGACAGUAGUAAAACCGGUUACUUUUGGGAGCAGCCAAAAGGCGCACUUCCAGAGAAAAUCCCUCUGGAGGAUUGUGAUUUUCAUACAUGGAAUAAUGGUUACCCUUCCCUGGAUGGCAACGCAACAUGCGUUUUAGCUACCCAAAUUUCCAGUGAUGAGUUUGGUUGGCAGAAUGAGGUUUGUGACUCAUGGACUGGAAACUACGUUUGCCAAAUGGACGCCUGUGAUGCCGACAACUAUUGCCCACCUGACUAGCAGUUAUAAACCAGUUACGACUUAGGUUGCAUGUAUGAAGAGACUAGCCGAAGAACAGCCAAAUGGAUUGAGAGUCUACCCCCUGAACUUCUACACCAGAAAAAUUCCGUCAACCUCAGAAAAGCAUUGUCAAAAGUCGACUUACUUCAACUGCUGCAGAUACCGGACGUCAAAUGAUAGCACUGCAUUUUGUUAUCGAUUACUUUCUUGCCUCUUUUUUUCCUUGAACUUCUCUAUUCUUCCUGCAUUUCGAUUAUGUUAACU